AUGCGUGCUUUGAAUACUUUAGGAGAGCCAACAGGUCAUUGGGACACGUUAAUUAUUUAUAUAAUCGUUUCGAAGUUAGAUAGUCAGAUUGAGAAAGAUUGGGAACAAUAUAAAACGAUAAAGCUAGAACAACUACUAAAUUUUCUAAAUGAUAAAGCGGACACUUUAGAUAUAAUUAAGGUGCACCAAACAUCUUCUUCUCAGAACAAUAGCAAGGUAUUUCGUGAGGCCAACAAAAAUCAAGCUCAGCAAAAGCUACAUAGUUUUAUAUCGACUGAAAGUAACAUCAAAAACGGCUCACGUGUAUGCCCCCUAUGCUCUAAAAAUCAUUUGCUGUACACUUGUGGUACGUUUCUAAAACUAACUUUUGAAGAUAGGUUAAAAUUCGCACGCAAUAAAAAUCUCUGUACCAAUUGCUUGCGUGCUAAAGACGAUGCAUUGGACUGUCACUUCGGUUCAUGCAAACAAUGCAGCAAAAAGCAUAAUAGUCUGCUUCACGGGUAUUUUAGUGGAGAAAGCGCCACUUUGUCUUCGACAGCACCUGAGUUUAAGCUUACCUCAAACAAUAACACGUCAACAGUGCUACACACAUCUGAUCAGUUCAAAGCGAAUAUUGAACGUAAGGAGGAUAGGUCGAAGACGAUCAUACUAGCUACCGCAUUGGUUGAAGUAGCUGGUGUCGACAAUGUCUAUCACACGGCUCGCGCUUUAUUAGACAGCUGUAGUCAGCACUGCGUUGUAACAAACGCACUGCGUCAGAAAAUAAAUGUUAAAACGAUACAGUCCACCUUUCGAAUAGCAGGAAUAGGGCAUUCAGUCUCCCAUACAACAGACUUAAGUCUCGAAUUGGAGAUUAUAACACGAGAAUUAAAUAUUAACUUAGAUUACAAGGCCUUGAAUAUUCCGCAAGAUGCAAUUUUAGCGGAUCCAUCAUUUCAUUUACCAGGGGAAAUCGAUUUACUUUUAGGCGCAGAUCUCUUCUGGGAUUUGUUGCUCGAUACUAAAAUUCGUUUACGCCAUAUUUACAAAAUACAAUUCCGGGAUAGAUCGUUUCAGGAUAUUGAAGAAAUUGAUAAAUGUUACGAUGUACAGACUCAUGAAGAUCUCGCUUGUGAAAAUUUAUUUGUAGAAACCACGAAACGUGAAAGUGACGGACGCUUUUCAGUACGCAUUCCACUUAAAGAAUCAGCUGACGUGUUAGGCGACUGCUUCGAAAUUGCCAAAUCUAGAUUCCUUUCGCUAGAAAGCCGACUUAGGAAAUCUGGGGAGUAUAAGAAGAUGUAUAGUGGUUUCAUGCAAGAGUAUGCAAAUUUAGGACACAUGACCAAAAUCGAAAGUAACGCAAAACCGUGUUUAUUCUUACCACAUCAUGGUGUAUUACGUCAUCAAAGUAUCACAACAAAGCUGCGAGUCGUGUUCAAUGCGAGUCAGAGGACAUCAACAGGUAAUUUAAAUAUGUUGCAUGCGCCGACAUUGAGAAAAUGUUUAGGCAGAUAUCCCUGCAGGAAGAUCAAAGGAAUUUGCAAUUGA